AUGAACUUGUCACGAUUGUAUAACGUGUUCAACUCGGAAAAAGCGAAAGUAUCAUUGGUCGGCGCGGUAGUGGUGGACACGAACGCCGUGGGAUUUUACGCGUUCAGGGCCAACUGCAACGAAGUGAUAAAGUCGCAUCAGGUGGCUGUCGAGGACUCGGACACGGCGCGGGAGGGAUGGUCCGAGCAGGACCCGAUGACCAUGCUGAGAGCCGUAGAGGAAUGCAUCCUCAACACGACGAGCCCGGGCGGAAUGGUGAUGGGCGUGCGCGUGGUCGCCGUGGGCAUAGCUAACCACCGAGGUUCCGUGGUGGCUUGGAACAGGCGCACCGGCGAACCGCUUUGCAACGUGAUACUGUGGUCGGACAACCGGGCGGCCGCUAUGGUGGACGAGUACCUGAGGACCAACGACAAGCACCGGUUUCAGGGGGUGUGCGGCCUGCCGUUCAGCCCCCACUUCAGCGCGUUCAAAAUCAAGUGGCUGCUGGCCAACGAUGCUAAGGUGAUGUCGGCCUACCGGGGCGGCGACUGUUACUUUGGUACAAUCGAUUCUUGGCUGUUGUGGAACAUGACCGGCGGCAAGAACGGUGGAGUAUUUGCCACUGACUCUUCAAACGCCUCGUAUACAUUUUUAAUGAACAUUAAUACGUUGAAAUGGGAUAAACAUCUGUUAAAAUUCUUUGGUAUUUCCGAAAAAUUUCUCCCGACAAUAAAAACCAGUUCUGAAGUGUUCGGAAACAUUUCUGGAGGAUAUCUUAUCGAUACGCCAGUAUCUGGUAUAAUUGGAAACCGCCAGGCCGCUCUAAUCGGCCAAAAAUGCUUUCGAAGUGGUCUUACGAAAGGUAUACUUGAUAAAAGUGGUUCGAUUUUCACGAUUACUGGGGAAGAUAAAGUUUUCUCCAAAAAUGGAUUACUCACAACGAUUGCGUAUCGAUUGGAUUCGAGACCGAUAUUUGCAUUAGAAGGUCCAAUUGCUUCAGCAGGACAUACUAUAGAUUGGGUAAAAAAAUGUUUCAAUGUCAGAGAAACUGAAUGCUUGGCUCUUAAGACAAAAUGUAAAUUGCAAAAUGAAGUAUACUUGGUACCGUCAUUUAAUGGUUUGUAUGCUCCGCACUGGCGACAUGAAGCUCGGAGUGUUCUAGUUGGAGCUAAUAAAUCUACUGUUAAUGAUGACAUUUUAAAAGCAGCCAUGAAAUCUGUGUGUUUUCAAACUCAAGAUAUUGUUGAAGCUUUAAAUGACGAUCUAAAAAUAUCUAUAGACAAAAUACAAAUUGAUGGUUACUUAUCAGAUGAUAAAUUGAUUAUGCAAUACCUCUCUGAUAUAACAAACUCUCAAAUUGAAGUUGCUAAGUACAAAAAUGGUGUUGCAUUGGGCGCAGCUAUGGCGGCUGGUUACGCACCUGAAAUAAACGUCUGGAACGCUCUGUGCAUGCCAGGAGACAAUGGUGUGAUUUACCAACCAAAGAUGACGGUCGAUGAACGAAAAAUUAGAUUGUUUGAUUGGAAAAGAGCUUUGCGAAGAAGUUACGACUGGAUUGAUUAUGAUAACAGGUUGGAUCAUUUUUGGUUGACAGUGUCUAUUACAAGUGGAGUAAUAUUCUUAGGAGGUUAUUUAAUCCUAAAAAAAUAA